AUGGAUUAUAUGACAGAGGAACAUUACAAGCUACUUUUAAGCAGAGAAUGGCUAGUGAAGAUAGACACCGACAAAUCUACCCCUUUCUUCCUGAAAUUCUACUCCUCCACUGUGGACCUCUGUUGCCAUAUUCUGAUCACGGACACGAAGAAUGUUUGGGCGGAAGUCUUGACGAGCAACAGGAUUGCUCGGCGAUGGCGUGACCACAAUCCAGAAUGUCUUGAAGGGCCCACAGCAGAAGAGGAGUGGCGAACCAGCGUUGUCAAACUCCUCUCAUCUGUGCAUACACUCGGAGGCAUCAUGGACUUAUCCUUCGAAGUCGUAGAGUCUCAAUACUCCGAUUUCGCCUUUGAAUUGGGAAGCGAGACCUUCAAGUGGAGAUGGGAAACGUGUCAUGUCGGACCCAAAAUAUCUGCCGAAAUAAUAUCCAAACAUCUUGUCAUGCCUCUGAUCAGCGUUACUCAUCUGGCUUUCUCAUCCGCUGAUCCAGUGGGCGAAUUGUCUCAGGAUGACCUAGAGCAGGCUGUAGACAAGCUUGGCAGGACCGGUCGUCGGACAGUGGAUACUCAUCUCAAGCAUGCUAUGUCAAGGCCACGUGUGGCUACUGCGGUGCGAAGGAUGACGGCUAUGUUCAACUUCCUACCCGAACUUCCCGCAAUAUCAUUGGAUGUAGACCAGCCGGACUUAUCACUCCCUUCAAUACAGCCAAGGUCACGAGCACCGUCUUCAAAGUAUCGUGAUGGUUCUGUGCCGUCUCGCCCACUGUCGCCACCGAUGCCGUUCUCGGCCCGCACGAGAAGUCCCACCUCUAUUAGCCCUGAAAAAUCGACAUCGCCAUUAAUAAUUCCAGAGGUCGAAGCUGGUCCCAGUCAUGUGGCCGACGAUUCGGUCACGGAAUCUGAAGACGACGAGAUUCCUGCGUCGCUCAGCAAAGGCAAGCAGAAAGAAGCAACCCCGCGCCGAGCGCUUCCAAGGGGUAGAACAUCCUCUCCAUCAAGACCCCCAACACGUGUUGGUUCUAAAACGUCCCGUCAGGCCACAACCUCCAGGGCAAUAACCCCCGAACAAACCGCAAAUCACGGUCCGGUGGCGAAUGACUCUUCACCGCCGAGCUCUCCUCCCACGAAGAAAGCAAAACGUGCUGUGGUGCCGUCGUCGUCAGACGAUGACAGCGAGGCAGAACGCAAAAAACGAGUAGCCCAAAUCAAGUCGAGCGCAAAUCGAGGCGCAAAACAGCCGCUAAGGCGAGGCGGCAGACGUUUCUGA